UUUUAUCUUCACUUUCUUCCUCUUCUUCUUCUUUUUGGCUAUUGUACCCACAACGUUCUUUCUUCUUCACUGUUUUUAAUUUCUUUUGAUCGCCAAGGUCUAUCGCUAAUUUUCAAGCAUCCAGCCAAGGGACAUAGCAAUGGAGUACGUAGAGCCUGUUGUUAGAAUUGCAAAUUGUCUCGGAACUCCUGUUUGUAAAUAUUUGCAAUAUCACAGAAAGCUCAAUGGUUAUGUGAGAAACUUCAAGAGGAUCAGAGAUGAAUUGAAUUGCAAAAUGAAAGACAUAGAGCUGCAAUUGAAAGCAGAGCUUCUUCGUCCUCUGGGGAAGAUACCAAAGCAGGGAGUUGAAAAUUGGUUGAAAGAUGUGAAAGAGAUGAUUAGGGAAGCACAAGUUGUUGAAAACAAAGUCAGUAACGGAAGAUAUAUCUGUCGUGCUUGCAGCGGGAAGCUGGUUGAUGAAAAGACUCGAGAAAUGAAGGAAUUUCUUGAUAAAGCUCCUAAUGCCUCUGAAGGUCUUGCCAUUGAUGGUCCAAGUGCUGGGUUGCCACUGCCAACAUCAGAACUAGUUGGAGACAAGCUGUCAGAAAUGAGAUUUGGGCAUGCUUGA